GAGGCCCACCUCCUUGACUCACUUGUGUUUUUAACCAAGUGGGCAUCGUGUGCUUGGGAAGAGUUUUGUGAAACAUCAAAAUUUUAAAUACCCUCUGCUGUUAUUUCAAACAUGAAGGUUACUGACAGUGGCGUGAUUCGCUUUCACCUUCAAGUCAUGCAUGGAAUAAAUGUGAAAAGUAUUGAGAGGAAAACAGAGAGAGUCUUCAUCGGGGGUGCAAAGAUUUUUGGCGUGCCUCUGGAGAAUCUGUCAAGGAGUUUCAUUCCGGAAUUUGGCCUGGUUCCUGGCUUUGUCGUAGACACUUGUUCAUUUCUUCUGGAGCGCGCUGGGACGGUUGGCCUGUUCCGAAAACCAGGCUCUCUCCCUCGCAUUAAGGCCCUCAGGGCCAAGCUAAAUCGUGGAGAGGCCUGUUUAGCCACAGCCUUUGCCUACGAUGUGGCCACCCUCAUCAAACAGUUCUGCAGGGAGCUUCCGGAGCCUCUGAUUCCGGCAGAGAUCCACACUACCAUGCUGAAGGCCCAGUCGCUUGACUCCCUGCAGGACAGAACCUUGGCCCUCCAGAUGCUGUCUUGCUUGCUGCCUGCCAGAAAUGCCUCCUGUCUGCAUUAUUUGUUUGACUUCCUUUCCAAAGUGACCCAAAGAUGUGAAGAAAACUUGAUGACCAGCACUAACCUGGCUACAGUCUUUGCUCCAUGUCUCCUCCCACCUCCUAACAAGGAAGAGAUGUCUGAACGACGCUUUGAACUCAGAAUCCUUGUGUUGCGCACUUUCAUCGAAAAACCACAAUUGUUUGGAGUGAUUCCAAAAGCUGUUAUGGAUGGCAUGGAAGUCCUGAUGAACUUCCAUCUUCUGAAGGAUGCACAUUCAAACAAAGAAACUCAAAAGAGGCACAAUUUGAAAGUUUUGUGGUCUGUAAAGACUGUGCCGUGGAUUCAAAGGAAGUCAAAGGUCAGGCGGCAAGUCCGUCAGCAAAACCAGGAGUCCAACGUGAGGAAACGACCAACUCUCAGGAGGAGCCUGGGUCUGAAGGCUUUCCCGGAUAUUGUCUUUUUUAGGGCUUGUAUGGCGUCUGAAGACCAAAAUUCAUCACCUGGAGCUGCCAUUUUGGAUGCCUUGGAUCUUUCUGGCAAAUGGUCUUCUAAUAUGAUAUACGGGGACCUGCGUCUUGGGACGUUCCCUGGGGUACACCGAGGACAGGAUGCGGCCUCACAUGCGCUCACUGGUGUGGGGAAGCUACAACUGGCAUCCUGGAGUAGACGGAUUUCUUUAAUGCAUGCCUGAUGGUGAUGUAUUUUUGUGAUCAUUUAGAUUUUAUUUAAAUUGUCAUAACUAUUUAUUCAAUUGUGGUCAUGUGCCAUUCAUACCAAAUAAAAAGCUUUCUUCCAGG